AUGUGCUCAACACCAGGAUGUGCUGCCAGAUCCCCUCCAAGAACUGACUUGUUCCCCAGGCACUGGGAGUAUGGGGAUCGGGAAGUGGGGAGUACUGAGCGGUUGGGUCAGGAUGAAAUCAGCGGGUUGAACUACUACAGAAGCUAUUAUGGAGGCCUGGGCUAUGGCUAUGGAGGCUUUGGUGGCCGGGGCUAUGGCUAUGGCUGCGGCUGUGGCAGCUUCUGUAGGUUGGGCUAUGGCUGUGGCUACGGAGGCUAUGGAUUCAGCUGCUGCUGACCAUUAUACUACAGAGGAUAUGGAUUCUCUACCUUCUACUGA